GCGCAUUAAUUCACAUGUGUGAGAAGGCUCUGCUUGUCAGUCAGACUUUGAACAGUGCACUGGCGCUCAUCGCUGCUAAUCUCUGGCCGCUGCUUGUCAUCAACGACUGCUGCUGCCAGUUAUCACCGACCAGCUCAGAAAUAUACAUUAGGGAUGAACAGUUGCUAAAAUAGGUAGGAAACCCGAGGGAAACACCGUAGGGACCCAGCGGAGACUAAACGUUAGCUACGCCGCUUAACGUUCAUGUUACUCGGGAGUUGCGAUGGUCCAGUCAAGGGAUAUUUUUCUAGCCUUGCUUCUUGUGGGCUGCACAGUUUCACUGGAAGUGCAGAUCACACCAAGUCAGGGUGAGAUUAGCCUCGGAGAGUCCAAAUUCUUCAUGUGUGAAGUUGUAGGUGUUGCCAAGCAGAUAGACUGGUUUGGACCAAGUGGGGACAGGAUAGAACCGAACAGACCAGACAUAACAGUAACCCGUAACGAUGAGUCAUCUUCCACCCUCACACUGUAUAAAGCUGGGACUGAAAAUGCAGGGACAUACAAGUGUGUCGCUACCAAUGGAGACCAGCAAGGGGAGUCAACCAUCAAAGUGAAAAUCUUCCAAAAAAUCACCUUCACAAAUGCACCCUCACCCCAAGAGUUUACCGAAGGAGACAAUGCCAACAUUGUUUGUGAUGUCGUCAGUUCGCCUCCACCCACUGUCCUCUGGAAAUAUAAAGGUGCAAAAAUACAGAUGGAAAAAGAUGUUCGGUUUAAAGUACUGAGCAACAAUCACCUUCAAAUCCGUGGCAUAAAGAAAACAGAUGAGGGCUCAUACACCUGCGAGGGUCGCCUCAUGGCCCGCGGCGAGAUUGAUCUGCGGGUCAUCAAGGUCGUUGUGAACGUGCUCCCGACCAUCAGAGUAUGGCAGUCAGAGGUGAAUGCCACAGCAGAUGUCAGGCAGCCUGCCAUGUUGACUUGUGCUGUUGAUGGCUAUCCUGAACCUAUGGUGACCUGGACAAGGAACGAAGCGGUUCUCGAGGCAGGAGAGAAGUACAGCUUUAAUGAAGAUGGCUCAGAAAUGACAUUAAUGGAUGUUACCAAGCUGGAUGAAGGAGAGUACACCUGCAUUGCCAAGAACAAGGCUGGGGAAAGUGAGCAGGAACUCAGUCUGAGAGUGUUUGUCAAACCUAAGAUCACUUACAUCGUAAACCAGAGCACCUCAGAGAUGGAAGAGCAGGUAACUCUGACUUGCGAGGCAUCUGGAGAUCCAACUCCCACCAUCAGCUGGAGCUACGGUGAGCGCGUCUUCACUGAAGGAGAACAGGCACAUCUAAACAGGAUCUAUCAGGCAUCAUGGACUCGACCUGAGCAACACAAGAGUCUGGAUGGAAAUGUAGUGGUGAGGAGUGAUGCUCGUGUGUCCUCCCUCACUCUGAAGUAUGUCAAGUAUACAGAUGCUGGUCAGUACCUCUGCACAGCACGCAGUGCCAUUGGAGAAGAUGAUCAGCCGGCAUAUCUGGAGGUCCGCUAUGCUCCUAAGAUCCACGGUACAGUGGCAGUGUACACCUGGGAGGGAAAUGCUGUCAAUAUCAGCUGUGAGGUCAAGGCUUAUCCCAGUGAUGUAUCUAUUGUGUGGCUGAGAGAUGGACUGCAGCUCCCCAACUCAAACACCACCAACAUUAAGAUCUUCAGAACUCCAUCAUCCAGCUACCUUGAGAUAACCCCUGAGUCUGAAAAUGACUUCGGGAGCUAUAACUGCACUGCUUCAAAUGAGAUGGGUACAGAAUCCAAGGAGUUCCUACUCAUUCAGGCCGAGGUGCCAUCAUCUCCAUCCAUCAGUGAGGUGAGACCAUUCUCCACCACAGCAAAGAUCCAGUUUGUGGAGCCCGAAUCCACUGGAGGUGUUCCUGUCCUGAAAUACAGAGUGGAGUGGAGGACUCAGGGCAGGGGCAGCUGGUUGCAGAGGGUCCAAGACAGCUCCAUCAGUGAGGUGACUAUCACAGGCCUGAAGCCAGAGACCAGCUACGAAGUAAAGUUGUCAGCCAUCAACGGAAAGGGUGAAGGUGAAAGCAGCCCCGCUGAGUUCUUCAAGACAGAGCCUGUCCGCUACACUUACAAAAAUGGCAUUUUUCAUUUUUUCACUGAAGACACAGAAGGGAAUCCCAAUCCUCCUAAACUCGAAGGGGCACUUCAACCCAAAGGCAACUCCCUCAAAGUCAGCUGGAUCAAGCAGGACGACGGUGGCUCGCCCAUUUUACAUUACCUCGUCCGCUAUAAACCACUACAGGCACCAGAGUGGAAACCAGAAAUCCGGCUGCCCAGUGGCAGCGAGUACGUGGUUCUCAGCGGGUUGGAGUGGGACACAGAAUACAACGUCUAUGUGGUGGCAGAGAAUCAGAAGGGCAAGUCCCAGCCAGCAACCAUGUCCUUCAGGACGUCCACAGAGCCAGAUGCCAUUCCAGAUUUGGGUGAUGAGGCAGCACUCUCCAUGGGCAUCAUGCUCUGGGCAGGGAUCCUUGUUGUAGUAUUUGUACUCCUGCUGCUGGCUGUGGAUGUCACCUGUUACUUUGUCAACAAAUGCGGCCUCAUCAUGUGCCUCUGCGGCAAAUCAGGCACAGGGACCAAAGGACACAACUUGGAGGAGGGCAAGGCAGCCUUUAUGAAGGAUGAGUCCAAAGAGCCAAUAGUGGAAGUCAGAACAGAGGACGAGUGCACAGCCAAUCAUAACGCAGCAGGGCCAACAGAACCCAAUGAAACCACACCUCUCACAGAGCCAGAGCUGGCGGCUUUCACUGCUGCUCUGGCACUGGACACCCUCUCCUCCAUAGCCACCAACUCUGACACAGCCACUGCAACAAUUGACCCCGCUCAGGACAGCCCCUCUAGCGAGACCACUACCCUCACUUGUAGCCUGUCUACCCCUGCCAACGACCCCUCAGAUCCCUCACCCAACCCUGUCCCGGCCCCGACUCCAGAGUCGCACACCGCCCUGCCGACUCCCCUCAUCUCCACAUCUGCCGUUGAAGCUAAAAUGGCCCCGUUAGUAGAACAAAGAGGAAGUAACACCCCGGAAGAACAGGAAAAAAUUACCACUCCUCCUUGUACCCCUGAAUGGACUAAAGCUCAAAAAUCUGGGACACCAAUACCACCGAAGCGUAGACACUCUCCUAAACUUGCCGCUCUGAAUGCUAAAGGUAGCCCCCCUGUAUCUCCCCUGGCUGAGUCUUCCUCAUCGUCCUCUCCCACUCUCAACACCAAGAAACAUGCUCCGAGGCCACCGGUCAGCAAGCUUCCCAUACAGCCACACACCGUAGCCUUAGACACCGAGACACCAACACAAACUGCCUCCACUCUAGCAACCACUGCCCCUCCAAAACCAGACCCUGAUUCAAAUACAACUGCCCCAGAUCCCAGAGGGUGUAGCCUUACUGCCUUUGACUCUAAUAAUAAACCUGCCGGCCAAACUGUUGAUAAUAACAUUUCCACUGCCAAAGAUGCUGCAACCAGCUCUCCCUCAGUGAUCCACGGUGCUCUUAAAGUCCUGGAUGCUGAAAAAUCUGCCCCUCUAGUUGCAGAUGUCCCCUCCCCUCUACCUGUAACUCCUAUUUCUUCUACUCAUGCCCCUGCCGGUCUUGAGGCACCAAUCUCAAAUGAUCUCCUCACAUCGCCGUCAGACACAUAUGACUUUCUAACCUCCGACGUGGGGCCCAAAAGUGCGAAUUUAGAAUUAGAGCUGACAAACGGGACAGAAAGACCCUCCCUGCCACCCGCAGACCUUAUUAGUUUAGAGAGCCCGCCCUCUGCCCCCUCUCUACCCAAUGGAGAUGGAGCAGACCUCCCCCCCUCAGGCCCAGUUCUGGAGGCAUCAGAGAUUCUGGCCAAGACUGCUCCUCCUGUCAACGAUGAGAAGAUUUUUUCUGAUGAGAAAGGGAAACUGGAGGAGGCAGAAUUAUCAAACGCCCUGACGGAGAUCACUGCAGAACACAACAGUAUCAUACAAACAAAUACCACCGACAGCAAAGCAUGAUGGGCCCAUGGGAAACCCCAGCCCAAUCCAAAACAUUUUUGCAGCAAAGAGCGAGAAACACUGCGGGAGUUUUUAAAUUUCCAGUGCCCUUAACUACAUAUUUAAAACAACAGACGUGUCGAUUGGUUAGAGCGCACUUUGACUGUGCUGUCAUUACUGGCUUCAUUCAUGAAAUGUUUUACUACAGGAGGAGUUUAUCUUUAGGUCAUAAGAGAUUUAUUUUAUUUUUUUAUUAUUAUUUUAUUUAACCAGUCAGGAUAAUUAAAGAACAAUCUCUUAUUAUGAUGAUCGCUUGGUAAAUAUAUGAAAUUACACUACUUUCUCUUGUGCUUAUAGUUUGAAUUGCAAUUACGCACAAAUAUUGGAUUAUUAUGAGACAUGUAAAAAACAAAACCUGACUAUAUAUAGAAAUUAUUUUUCUUAUUUUCAUGUUCAACUGUUCAAAUGUGAAACUGUUUGCAUUUUGUUUGGACUCUUUAAUUUGUGGGCUAAUCUCAUUAAAUAGCUUGUUCUGCAUGUCUGACCUGCAAGUGGCUGUAAAGUUGUGUUUACAAGGUUUAUGGUUUCACUUUGUCUGUUACAGGGAUGUGUCAUCUCUCACAGAUACAUAUUGAUUAAACACAGGCCCGAGUUCAAUGUUUGGAUUAUAACCAUGUUUGUUAUGGUUAUAAAAAUACAGGAUUAACCAACAGCCAGCUGCAGGGGGAAAGAGACUGACAAGAGAAUCACACAUCAACAAUGUGCAUGAUCAGAUCAGAUUUGGCCCGUUUUAUGCCUCACCACAGUGUUAGUUAAAAACAUUCAUUAAUAAAAAUGUAUUUGAUUAAAAAAGGCAACUCUUUAAACACAAACAUUCACAGAAAGACAAAAAAUGCCAGCAGAGCUGCAGAUUCUCAGCCAAGGGUUGAAGAACUGCGAAUCAAGCGAAUGUCUUAUGAUCUUGCGCUAAAUAUAUAUGCCACAUAUUUGUUUGGGUGGCUAGAACUACGAUAGCUAUUGUUUCUUCCUCACAUUCAAGCAGAUCAAAGGUCUGGCUUCCUACUUUGAGUUGUGCUAAUGGAGCAAAAAAUAAAUAAAAAAGCCUUUUUGUACUAUUUAAAAACUACAAAGAUUUCUUUUCCAUUUCCUGCCUGCAAGCUUGUGCACUGUGCCUGUGUGUCAAUAGAUUGUCUUGUCAUCAGUUUCUAUGAUAACCUGCAUAGCUUUGUCGUGAGAGAUUUAGCCUAUUUUAUUUAAUAUAUUGUAUUAUUAGAAGAAAAGUGUGAUAAAUGGACAAAUGUGGUCAUUAUAACACGUGUAGUGUAUAAAACUGUCCCGUCUCUGGUCACAGCACUAUAUAUUGCCAGCUACAGUGAAGGAAGGUGUUUUGAGCCGUGGCAUGAAUUCAGUCAGUACUUCACAACGUAUAACUACAAGGCAGAUAGACGUGCCCCAUGUUUGUUUGGGGGGAAAUAGUUCUCAUAUUGAUUUAAUGAGUGUUACUUUUGGGGCUUGUUCAGGCAUUACUACACAUUGUUUUUACCCCCAACUUGUUAUUCAAGUGUUCUGUAAUGUGGUCUUUGAAUUUCUUUUUUAAUUUUUGUCUUUUUGUACAAAAAAAAAAAACUCACUCACCAAGAGCAACUGCUUGACAAGUUCAGGACACCAGCGGCAGGAAGCAGGGUGGUCCACCUGAGACAGGAGGUCAAACUUUUUUUUAAAAGCUUUAGAUAACAGAUGUAAUGUCAAGAGAACUGAAGUAUAUAAGAACAAAAAAGACAAGCUUGUACUCCACUGGUGUUACCAGACCACCUUGCUCCCUCGUCUCUGGAUGCUCCUUUUGGUUUUAUUGGGUCAAACUCAGAAAAUAUCUGUUGUGUACAGUCUGAGUGCUAACCCAUUUACAAAAUAAAAAAUGGUUUCUGAAUCUAA